GUCCAGUGCGUGAACUGAAUGAGACCAAAAAGCCACCGCUCUCCUAAGUCCUUCCUUCUGUUGGCUUUGGCCCCCACCCCGCCUGCCCUGCCUUCUAGCUCCCCUUACCCAUCACCUCCUUUGCUUAGGCUACAAAUAAAGCCAUGCUCCUUAAGGUUUCUUCCAACUUCCUCUUCCUCGUCAAAGUUUCUGGUCUUUUGCCGGCUUUCCUUUGACAACUGGGGAGUGGGGAAUCUUUAUCUAAGUCGAAUUCAUCACUCAAAGUGGUUUCCUUUAUUGACCCUUUCUUGAAAUUACUCUACUUCCGUUUAUAUUCAUUCAAAAGAUUAUAUAUAUAUAUAUAUAUAUAUAUAUAGAAAAGAAAAAGAAAAAAUCUAGCUUCUUGCCCCUCCCUUUUGUAGCAGUCAGGGAUUACGUUGAAAAAGAGGAAAGCUUUUUGUAUCUAUGGGGGAAGCUCCAGCUUUCGUUGCAGAUGAUCUACCUGGAGAUUAUCCUAAUGGAUUUGACUUGAAAUCCGAAGGCCACAAUACGGUUGUUAAUGUUGGAAAUAAAACAUAUUUAAUUGGUGGGACUGACCAUGGAUCAAAAUCCACGAUUGAAGUUCGGGUUUCUGAUAAACGUACUGGAGGAUGGGUUACACCCACUGUAUUGGGAACAAGACCGAAACCAUCUGAAGUGAUUUCAGCUGUGAUUUUGAAUGAGGAUCGGAUUUUCAUUCUCAAGGGGGAUUCUAGCCCAGAUGACUGCUUUUGGUUCCUUGAGGUAGACACACCCUUUGUCCAAGAGAAGAGAAAGGAAUUUGGAACUGAGGUGGUUGCAUGGAGCAAAGGAGUUGUAGGUGAUGCUAAAAAGCCAAUCGUUAUCAGUGGGCCUUCUGGAGUUGGUAAGGGUACCUUAAUAUCUGCACUGAUGAAAGAAUUUCCAUCAACAUUUGGGUUUUCUGUGAGCCAUACUACCCGUGCUCCGAGGAAGAGAGAGCAGAAUGGGGUCCACUAUCAUUUUACUGAACGAAGCGUCAUGGAGGAAGAGAUUCGAGACGGAAAGUUUCUUGAGUUUGCUGAAGUUCAUGGAAAUCUCUAUGGAACCAGCAUAGAAGUGGUUGAGGUGGUUGCAGAUGCUGGAAAGAGAUGCAUCCUUGAUAUUGAUGUUCAAGGGGCAAGGUCCGUGAGGGCUAGUUCUCUUGAAGCCAUUUUCAUCUUUGUUUGUCCUCCCUCGUUUGAGGAGCUUGAGAAGCGCCUUCGUGCAAGGGGAACUGAAACUGAACAACAGAUCCAAAAGCGACUACAAAAUGCAAAGGCUGAGCUUGAACAAGCCAAGUCACAAGGACUCUUUGAUCACAUUUUGGUGAAUGAUGACCUGGAGACUUGUUAUGCGAGCCUUAAGAAACUGUUGGACCUUGAUGAAGCUGUGGAGAUAAUAAAUGAAUCAUCUCCGCCAUUAGUCGACUUGCCAAGGGACCAUUCGGUAUCAAAGAUUGAUAAGAAGAUUCUUAUAAGUUGUGGCACUCGAGAAAGAGCUUCCAAAAACAUAUUUUUGCUGGAUUUGUCCUCACUCAAAGGAGGGGCACCAGGAAGGACAAGAGGACUCGAUAUUUAUACCAGUGAUUCAAUGACAAAUGGCAUAAAUGUGGCUGUAGAAGGAGAUGGAGAGCACUUGCAUGAAGUUGAAGUGAUUCAAGAAUAUGAAAUUGAAGAUGAGGGACCAUCGAUUAUGAAGUGAGCGAAUGAAGAUCACAGAUGUCUAGCAACUAAUUACGAUCAAGAAUUCAGUAGUGUAACAGCCAGAAGAUGAUCAUGAUGAACAGCGGAUUACAAAUCCCUGAUCUUUCAAAUCACAAUUGAUAUUCAACAUGAGCAGCCAAGUUGAUUUAUGAUAGCUGCACUAGGCACAAUAUUUGAUUUCUAGGUCUAGCAGAGUAUGUUUGCCGACAAUAAUCGCGCUUUUGGCACCGUCCAUCAAAAGUAGUGAGAUCCACAAUUUUUUUAGCUCUCUGAUCUUUGAUGGUUCCUGCAUGGUGGAGAAAUUUGUGAUGUACACAGAAACAAGCAAGUUGUCCGUGAAGAAACAGUUGUUUGGCAAAUUUUACCAUCAAACGGAUCAAAGACAGUGGGAAGGGAAUUUCCCCUGUGACUUCUUGCAAA